AUGCUUGAAAUCCAACAACCUAAAGAAACACCCAAUAACGAUCGUGUGGUCGAUAAGAGUAGUGAUCCAUCUGCACCCUCGUUCCACCAUUUGGAUUCACUAAAGGAACAAAUCAAAGAUCCAAGAGAACCCACCAUUCGUUAUCUUGACCAUUGGAAUAUAUUUAAAUCAUUUGGAUGGAGUUGGAUUUUAAUCUUGUUAGGAAUGUUAGGUUCAAUGGGAACUGGUGUGAUCACGUUGAUCUUUGAAUUCGUAUUUGGUGACUUGAUUAAUAUAUUCCAACCUGUGAAUGGAGUCAUGCCUACUCAAGAUGAAAUGAGAAAUGCCAUUUCCAUCAUUUCUUUGAAAUUCACAGGUGUUGCUAUUGGAGGAAUGGUUUCAAGUUUUAUGGCUCAGUUUUUUUUGAGUUGGGCCAGUGAACGAAUUGGUAUUUCAUUACGAAAGGAAUAUUUCAAUGCAUUGACACGUCAAGAAGUUGCUUUCUUUGAUAUCAAACAAACUGGAGCAUUGACCGUUGCCAUGAGUGAAGACAUUUCAAGGAUUCAAGAUGCAUGGACCAACAAGUUAUGUUCUGUCAUGCAACAUGUGACCACCAUUGUUGUUGGUUUGGUUCUUGCAUUUGUGAGUAGUCCUCAAAUGACAGGUGUGACCAUUUCCACUGCUCCAUUAAUGAUUGCCAUUGGUGGAAUUAUGGGAAAAUUCACUGAAAUGAUUAGUAAGAGAUCGGGAGAGAUCAUUGCCAAGAGUGCCUCCAAAGCAACAGAAGUGGUCUCAUCGUUUAAAACAGUGAAAAGUAUGGGAUGCGAAGAAAGAGAACAAGAACAAUUUGCAUUCAUUCUUAAAAAGCUUCAUUUAUAUGGCUUACUGAAAGCAUUUACACAGGGAGUGAGUAUGGGUUCUGAAAAUAUUAUCAUGUGGGGCACUACUGCUCUUGCAUUUUGGUAUGCAAUCUUCUCCAUUUCUCAAACAUUUAUCUUGUUACCUGACGUUUCCAAAGCCAUUAUCUCUCAAAGAACAUUGUUAUUAGUCAUUAAAAGACAACCGGCCAUUCCUUUUAAAGGAGGAAAGAGUUUGGGACAAGAAGUCGGAAAAAUAGAAUUCAAGAAUGUGAAAUUCUCUUAUCCUUCUCGACCCAAUGUCACUGUCCUCAAAGACUUUUCGUUGGACAUUCGAAUGGGUCAAUCGAUUGCUCUCGUUGGUCCUUCUGGUUCUGGAAAAUCAACCAUUGUUGGUUUGUUAGAAAGAUUUUAUGAUCCAGAGGAAGGAAGUGUUUUCAUUGAUGGUGUUGAUAUUAAGGAUAUCGAUCCUGCAUGGUUGCACAAAAAUGAACCCAUCUUAUUUGCAACAACUAUUCGUGAAAACAUUGCCUAUGCUGUUGGAAAUGAAAAUGUGUCAGAUGAACAAAUUGAACAAGCUGCAAAAGCUGCCAACUGUCACAAUUUCAUUAUGGAUCUUCCCAACGGAUACCAUACCUUACUUGGUGAAAAAGGAAUUUCACUUUCAGGAGGACAAAAACAACGAGUUGCCAUUGCCAGAGCUCUCUUACAAAAUCCAAAGAUUUUAUUGUUAGAUGAAGCCACUUCUGCAUUGGAUUCUGAAUCUGAAGCUUUGGUUCAAGCAGCUUUGGAAACAUUAAUGAAAGGAAGAACUUCUGUUUCAAUUGCUCAUCGAUUGUCGACCAUUCAAAAUUGUGAUGUGAUUUAUGUGUUAGUGAAAGGUGAAAUUAAGGAAAAGGGAACACAUGCUGAGCUCAUUGCAACGGACGAUGGAAUUUAUAGAAAAUUGGCAGAAAAACAAACCGUAUUAGGUGACAGUUCUUAUCAUUCUCAUCAUCAAGAUCCUCAAGAAUCUUCUUUGGAUCUUGAAAAAACUAUCAAGAUUUAA